UGUAGUGGGUGCUGGUGCUGUGCUCUCUCUGCUGAAAGAGAACGUGCAGCUCAUACCUGAGAUUGCUCAUUCCUGGGACGGAGAAAGGCAGCAUGGAGCCAGGAGUGAUUUAUCCUCUGUCAGACUCCUCCUCUGUGAAGAUGUCCCAGUCUUCUCCAGCUGAUGAAGGAACGACGUUUGAACAUCUCUGGAGCACACUGGAACCAGACAGCACCUAUUUUGAUCUCCCUCCAUCCAGUCAUUCAGGAAGCAGUGAGGUGUCUAACCAAACUGAGGUGGCAAUGGAUGUCUUCCAGAUGAGGAGUAUGAAUGAAUCAGUCAUGUCCCAGUUUAAUUUGCUGAACAGCAGCAUGGAUCAGAGCAUCGGCAGCAGAGCAGCUUCCACCAGCCCUUACAACUCUGAGCACCCCUCCAAUGUCCCAACGCAUUCUCCCUACUCGCAGCCCAGCUCUACCUUUGAUGCCAUGUCCCCAGCUCCUGUCAUCCCCUCCAACGCUGACUACCCUGGGCCCCACCACUUUGAGGUGACUUUCCAGCAAUCCAGCACAGCCAAGUCUGCCACUUGGACAUACUCGCCGCUGCUGAAGAAGCUCUACUGUCAGAUCGCCAAGACAUGCCCCAUCCAGAUCAAAGUGUCCACGCCACCCCCGCCAGGCACCGUCAUCCGGGCCAUGCCCGUCUACAAGAAGGCAGAGCAUGUGACAGAGGUGGUGAAGCGCUGCCCCAACCAUGAGCUGGGACGCGACUUUAAUGAUGGCCAGUCCGCUCCAGCCAGCCACUUGAUUCGGGUUGAAGGCAACAAUCUCUCUCAGUACGUGGACGACCCGGUCACGGGAAGGCAGAGUGUAAUGGUGCCAUAUGAGCCACCACAGGUUGGGACUGAGUUCACCACCAUUCUGUACAAUUUCAUGUGCAACAGCAGCUGUGUGGGAGGGAUGAACAGGCGACCCAUCCUCAUCAUUAUAACCCUGGAGACAAGAGAUGGCCAGGUACUGGGGAGAAGAUCCUUUGAAGGGCGGAUCUGCGCCUGUCCCGGUCGAGAUCGGAAAGCCGAUGAAGAUCAUUACCGAGAGCAACAAGCCCUGAAUGAAAAUGCAGCUAAAAAUGGCAACAUCAACAAGCGCACUUUCAAACAGAGCCCCCAGGGGAUUCCAGCACUAGGGGCUGGUGUCAAGAAAAGGCGACACGGGGAAGAGGAAAUGUAUUAUGUCCCAGUUCGUGGCCGGGAGAACUUUGAGAUCCUCAUGAAGAUAAAGGAGAGUCUGGAGCUCGUGGAGUUAGUCCCGCAGCAGCUAGUCGACUCCUAUCGGCAACAGCAGCAGCAGCUCCUGCAAAGGCAGAGUCACCUGCAGUCCCCUUCCUCCUACGGGCCUGUCCUUUCACCAAUGAACAAAGUACAUGGAGGAGGGAUCAACAAACUGCCAUCUGUCAACCAGCUGGUGGGGCAGCCACCGCAGCACAACUCCAGCUCCGGGCCCAACCUGGGCCCAAUGGGACCUGGAAUGUUGAACAGCCACCCCAUGCAAUCCAAUGGAGAUAUGAACGGAGGCCACUCCUCCCAGUCCAUGGUCUCAGGUUCACACUGCACUCCUCCUCCACCCUACAACCCUGACCCCAGCCUCGUCAGUUUUUUAACAGGCUUGGGGUGUCCAAACUGCAUCGACUAUUUCACCUCACAAGGGUUACAGAAUAUUUACCACCUGCAGAAUCUAACCAUAGAGGAUCUCGGAGCACUGAAGAUCCCAGAACAGUACAGGAUGAUUAUCUGGAGAGGCCUUCAGGAACUCAAACAGAGCCAUGACUAUGGAGCCCAGCAGCUUAUCCGCUCCAGCAGCAAUGCCUCCACCAUUUCCAUUGGCAGUUCUGGGGAGCUGCAACGGCAGCGCGUCAUGGAGGCGGUGCAUUUCCGCGUGCGUCACACCAUCACUAUCCCUAACCGCAGCGGGGCUGAUGAGUGGGCAGACUUUGGCUUUGACCUCCCAGACUGCAAAUCCCGCAAACAGUCCAUAAAAGAAGAGUUCACAGAGGGCGAGAUCAACUGAAGGUCUCCAGCAGAGUGGCAGCAAGAGUCCAGACACACAGAUUUAAAGGAAUAGGGAAAAAUAUAGAAUCCCAGCAUGAAAAAUGGCAAAACAUUUCCAGCUUUGAGUGUCUGGAGAAAUAUUUUUUUAACAUGGCUUUACUCAAGAGAUGGGAACUCAGAGCUGUGUGAGGACAUGGGUCUGGGACAUUCCCCAGGAGGAAAAUUCCAAUGGUUUUAUGACAGGGGUCAAGGGGAGGAAAAAGGGCAGCUGACAAAUCUCUCAAUGGGCUGUAGAGUUUUUUUUUAGCCUUGUGUGGCAGGGGAAUAUUCACUUGCCAAUGUACAGUGCAACUUUACAAUUUGCUGGACCAUUUUUGCAUCAAACUCUAUUGCAAUGUAAAAGCAAAACACACACAUUUGUCUUUGAUUCACUCUAGCCUGCCCCACAUUCCACCUAUCCUUGCUCUGUCUGCUAAGGGAUGGCUGAAUAAUAAAGACCUUUGUCUUGUGAAAAAGUGGUUUAACCCUCAACUGUUCCACUUUCUUUAGGGAUAUCUGCCAUUGACUGAUACCCACGAACAAAAGGAUUUGCCUUCCUGAUGGACUGCCAAAAAGUAUUUGUUUCUUUUGUUUUUUUUUUGUAGAGCAGAAAAGCAACUUAUUUGCUGAUUCCAGACUGUGUGCAUGUAUCUAAAUGAUAUUUGUGUAUAUAGACACAUGCUGUAUAUACAGUAUAUUCACUGUGCUGUAAGGAUAGAGAGAUUUAUUUUCAUGUACCUUUAUGCUACAAAAAUAUUGAUAAUUUCCCCUAAAUAGGACACUACUGUGUCAUAAUUAAAUUAACUUCAUGCUCUAGCAUGUAAACAUACAAAAACCUGAUACAUUUCAAGCCUUACUUGUAAAAAAAAUCAUUUUUUCCCCAUGUGGAUUUUUAAUACAAUUCUGGAGAGACAAAUCCAUGGACCCCACUGUUAGGAAUUAGAGGAUUCUAUAUAAUUAAUUACAAUUAUUCACCCAAAUCUUGCUCAAAGUUCCUGAUAUUGCCAGAACUCAGCCUUUUUGGAGCACACCAUUAAUUUUGCCUGAACCAUUAACCUGUACGUGUUAAAAAAAAAAAUUGGCUUUCCCAGACUGUUGAUAAUCAUCCCCAUCUGGUAAAAUGGUUAUAUUUUCCACAUUGGUGAGUGGAAAUGGUUUCUU